AUGGACCCCUCGGCCCCCAUGCUUCCCUCCUCCUUCCCGCACAGGCUAUGUCGACGUUUUCCAACACAGGGGCGGCAACUGCUGAACGAUAACCUAAUGGGGUUCGUGAGGGCCCCAGCUCUGGUCAUCGUCACGUCGGUCUUCAUUCUCAUUGGCAAUACCAUGUACCCGCCCACGCUGCGAGCCCUCCUGCUUCUGCUCCGGCACUUCUCACGAGGAGAGAAAAGGUUCGUCUACUCCUACCUUCUCGUGCACCCGCGCAAGUGCUACACGCACCUCUUCCCACCGCGCUCCACCGUGAUGCUCGUGCUAACAGUGCUCGUGUUCAAUCUCACGGAGUUUGUCUUCUUCUGUGCCACUGACUGGACCUCACCUGCCAUUGACGGCUUCACCAGCGGGACCAAGGUACUGGCAGGAUAUUUCCAAUCUGUGAGCACACGCAACGCGGGAUUCAACGUAAUUGCCAUCGGCCUCCUGCGCCCCCCCCAUGCUGCUGCUAUACCUGGGCAUGAUGUGAGUGCAUGGUGUGAGUGCAAGGGGCAUGGUGUGAGAGUGCUUGGGGCAUGGUGUGAAGGGCAUGGUGUGAGAGUGCAAGGGGCAUGGUGUGAGAGUGCAAGGGGCAUGGUGUGA